CGCGCUCUCCUCUCUGCGUUAGCCAUGCGACGACAGCCCUCCUGCUAUCUGCCUGUCUCUCUGCCCUCUGUCUUAACGGCCUUCCCCCUCUCUGUCCAUCUGCAGCAUCCCUCGACUCCACUCUCAUCGCUUGCAUCGAUCUCUCAUCUCGCGGCUGCCCAACUUAUUCUCUUCAGCAAGCCCCUCGUCGUUGUUGCCUGCCCGCUGCUCGUCUGCGCUUCCUCCCGUCGCCCGCUCCACGACAAAUGAAGGCCCUCUCCCUUUCGGUGCUGGUGUGCCUGCUCGGCAUCGCACUGGUCUGCGCUGAUGAUAUGAAGCGGGCUGCUCCUGCUGAUGCUCCGUCUGCGGUGGCCCGGCGUUUGAGAGGCGGGAUAGCUGAUGACGCCGACGAAGUGACAUCCGAUGGUACGCACACAGGGUGGCUGUUUGCAGCUUGUCCACACGCUGCACACAAGUACGCCUUUCCUGUGUACCUGUGUGUCUGUAGGUGGUGUGCCUGAUGCUCUUGUGACGGGGCCAGCGGCAGCAGACAGUGAGGACGCGGCUGAUGAGCCGACGGCUGCAGCUACAGGUGGGUGUGCAGACAUCCCCACCCUGCCCACACGUCAUCCUUGCAAUUUUGGCCACGUGUGUGUGUGUGUGGAUUUGUGCGUGAACAGAUGAAGAUGAAGAUGAGCCCAGUGGCCUGGAGGCCGUGGAGGAGUCAUCGAGUCCCACAGAGCGGAGGCUGGGCCCGGGCUUCUGGGACAAGCUCAAGUAUUACAAGAACAAGAUCAAGAACAAGAUCAAGCAGAAGUGGUAUGGCUACAAGAACAAAAAGUAUGGCGGCGGUGGGUACGGCGGUGGCUACGGUGGUGGGUACGGCGGAUACUAUUAGACACACCACAACACACAUAGUGUGGGUGGGUGGGUGCGUUGACACACACACAGUAUGGCGUGUACAUAUCUCUGUCGAUGGCUGUGUAUAUAAGUCACUAUGUAAGUCGCUCGUGCGCUUUGUUCAAGCACGAGCACCGUACGUGUAGAGCUAUGGAUGACAUCCAGUGGGGGGGCGGGUGGCUAGUGUGUGUUUGCCUCAAGGAACCGGAUGGUCCAUCCCAUCCACGUGUCGGUUGUGUGCACACACAUGUACAUAUCUGGUCGUUCUUGGUUAGUGAGACAAGGGGUUCAGUACCGUACCCAAAGCGAGAGAGGGUGUGGUGUGGCUGAUCCUGGCAGUAUGUUCUGUCUGUCUAAGUGCCUGUCUGUGUGGCUGCUGCUCUGCCAGAUGUGAUCGAUAUCGAUGCGCAAAAGUCUUUUGACCGGGAUUCUCUGGUCCGACGCAUACAUAUACCGCACUCCCUCUGUGAGUGAUCGGCGUCUUCUUGUGAGCUCUCAAAUACGUGUAUAUGUGUGUGUGGGUGGGUGGGUGCAUGUUGAUACAUGUUGAUAUAGACCUUGGACAACACGCGAUAGGGCGGUACAAUAGAUAGUGAGGACGCCUUCGCAUCCAGAUGUGAUGAGAUGAGC